AUGGCAUCCAUCGUGCGCCCCUCAGCUUUUGUGCUGGGAAGAAGCUUCCUUGCCCGUUCCACUCCCACCCAACAAACUGCUUUCUAUUCCACAUCUCGGGCGACCUCUUCAAUUGUUUCUCCUCUGGCAAUCGCUUCAACGCUGAAGCCAAGUCUCCUCCAGACGAGGCGAAGAGAUGCUGCGGUUAAGGUUGCUGGCUUCCAUGCGACCAGCCGGAGAGAUCUCUUACCCCCCCCGCGACAAACUAUUCAGGGAACAAUGAACGAUGCGGCUCCUAUCCCCCCUACAUCUCCAUCCCACGGCAGCUAUCACUGGACAUUUGAAAGAUCUGUCGCCGUGGCUCUCGUCCCCUUGACCAUUGCCCCUUUUGCCGGUGGAUCCGUUUACCCUGUCAUGGAUGCGGUGAUCUGCGGCACCCUCUUGAUGCACUCACACAUUGGUUUCCAGGCUUGCAUCAUAGAUUAUAUCCCAGCAUGGCGUAUGCCCAAGGCCAGGAAGGCAUUCGACUGGCUCCUGCGCAUCAUGACCCUGGUAACUGCAGUUGGAUUGUACGAGUUCGAGACGAAUGACAUUGGCAUGACUGAAGCUAUCAAGCGGAUUUGGAAAGCGUGA